AUGUUUAAGUUCGAGGUUGAAAAGCAACAGUUUGCCCUGAAGCCAAUGAACUGCCCUGGACAUUGUCUGAUGUUCGCAAAGGAAAUUCGGUCUCAUCGUGAUUUACCUCUCAGAUUUGCUGAUUUUGGUGUGCUGCAUCGCAACGAAGCUUCUGGUGCUCUGACUGGCCUAACACGUGUCCGACGUUUCCAACAAGAUGAUGCACACAUCUUUUGCCGAGAGGAUCAGGUAAUUUAUUUUUUGGGAGAUAUAUAA